AAACUUUGCGUACUUGUCUCUCAGGAAUUGUGGGUAAUGCAUUCCAUGCAAAACUUCACAACACUGGAUGUUGUGAAAACUAAACACAGUUCACCGUUCCUGUUAUGAAUCGUAUGAACAUGAUGGAACAGGUACAUCUGGCUGGGGAGGAUGAGGAGGAUAUCUACUCCGGGUUUAAUGACUACAAUGCUACCUUAGAUACAGAGGAUCUACAACAUGACCCAACUUUCCAGAAGGCGGUGAUGAGGACCAGUCAUGGCCGACGACCCCCACCUCCUAUCAAGCGUAUGAAGCUGACCAGGACAGCUUCUAAGGGUUUGGCUGUUGGAGGUGCUGCAGCUGGAGCGAGGCUGGGAACAGCAGCACGAGGCCGUGCAGGGGUUCCGUCCUCCAUGGGACGUCUUCAGACUGGGGCAGUGGCCGGGGGAGGCACUGACAUGGCCAGACCCAUGACAGCUGUCAGGGCUGCAGGUUAUACAUCUGUAGGGAACCGAGGAGCAGGGUUUGACCCCAUGAAUCAAGGGAAUAAGGGCCCAGCUCCACCUCUGGAACCUAAGCCAGAGGACAGUCCUGAGGAGAAGAUCAGACAGCUGGAAAAGAAAGUGAACACAUUGAUUGAGGAGAGCUGUUUCGCCAACAGUCGAGGAGAAUUCAGUCUGGGUUUGGAGAAGGCUAAGGAAGCAGGAAGGAAAGAGCGAGUCCUGGUCCGACAGCGUGAACAGCAGUCCAUGGGGGAUCAGAUCAAUCUGGACCUAACCUACUCGGUUCUGUUUAACCUAGCCAACCAGUACGCUGCUAAUGAGAUGUUUAACGAGGCCCUCAACACCUACCAGGUCAUCGUGAAAAACAAAAUGUUUAGCAAUGCUGGUCGGUUAAAAGUGAACAUGGGAAACAUCUACUUCAGACAGAGAAACUUUCCUAAGGCUAUCAAACACUAUAGGAUGGCCCUAGACCAGGUGCCAAACCAUCACAAAGAAAUGAGGACCAAGAUUAUGCAGAACAUCGGCAUUGUGUUUGUAAAGAUGGGCCAGUACACAGAUGCCAUCACAUCAUUUGAGCACAUCAUGUCGGAGGCCCCAAGCUUUAAGACCGGUUUUAACUUGAUCCUAUGUUAUUUUGCCCUGGGGGACCGUGAGAAAAUGAAAAGGGCUUUCAACAAACUUCUUAUAGUGGAUCUCAAGGUUGAUGAGGAAGAUAAAUACCUUCCACACGGAGAAGACAAGCACUACAAUCUCAUACUGGAGGUGAUCAAAAAUGACCCCCUACGACAGAUAGAGCGACAGAGGAAGUAUGAGGCAGAGAACUGUAUCAAAACAGCAGCCAAGAUCAUUGCUCCAGCAAUAGAAACUUCGUUUGCCUCCGGAUAUGACUGGUGUGUGGAGCAGGUGAAGACUUCCCAGUACGUUGACUUGGCUCAUGACCUGGAGAUAGACAAAGCUAUCAUGUACCUCAAACAGAAGGACUUUAACUUGGCAAUUGAAACACUGAAAUCAUUUGAGAAGAAAGAUUCCAAAGUAGCAAGUACAGCAGCCACCAACCUGUCCUUCCUCUACUUCCUGCAUGGAGAGGAGAAUGACCUUGACCAGGCUGACAAGUAUGCUGAGCUUGCCAUGUCUUCAGAUCGCUACAACCCUGCAGCACUUGUCAACAAGGGAAAUGUGGUGUUCAAACGAGGUGACUUUGAAAAGGCCAGAGAGCUCUUCAAGGAGGCGUUACAGAAUGACUCGUCUUGUGUGGAGGCCUUGUACAACUUAGGGCUGUGUAACAAGAGGAUCGGCAGACUUGAGGAUGCCCUCGACUGUUUCUAUAAACUACAUGCCAUCCUACGAAACAGUCCACAAGUCAUGUUCCAGAUAGCAGACAUACAUGACAAGCUAGAUGACACAGCCCAGGCCACAGAAUGGUUCAUGCAGUUAAUAGGAGUCGUACCAACAGACACGUCCGUACUGGCUAAGACCGGGGAGAUCUACGACAACGAGGGAGACAAGUCACAGGCAUUCCAGUAUUAUUAUGAUUCAUAUAGAUAUUUCCCAUCCAACAUUCCUGUGAUAGAGUGGUUAGGAGCAUAUUACAUAGAUUCUCAGUUCUGUGAAAAAGCCAUCCAUUAUUUUGAGAGAGCAGGUAUAGUACAACCCGCCCAGGUGAAGUGGCAGCUAAUGAUAGCUAGUUGUCAUCGUAGAAGUGGAAAUUACCAGAAUGCUUUAGAAACUUACAAACACAUACACAGACGAUUCCCUGAAAAUGUAGAAUGUUUAAAGUUCCUUGUUAGAAUAUGUUCUGAUCUGGGUCUAAAGGAAGCUCAGGAAUAUGCCACAAAGUUAAAGAAAGCAGAAAAGACUAAAGAGAUGCGGGAACAGAGAGCCAGUAGUGGAACAAGAAGAGGAAGUGGGCGUGGCCGGAGAGGAGGAGACGAUACAGAGGAGAGUAGUGGAAGGAAGACCAGCGGUCACAGGAGAGGUGGGAGCAAGAAGCGACCCAAUCUGGACGAUGUGGAUGAUGGCGCCUAUCAGGUGUCUGGUAAACAGGAGAUAGGAGAGGAUGUCAAAAACGAUGCAACCUACAGCGAUCCCUUGGGGCCCCAGAUGGAGCGUCCCAAGACAGCUGCCACCCGCGGAAUCAAGGCCGAUGACGAUAUGUUUGAUGAAGAUCUGGGAGAAGAUAUGUUACCGGAGUAGAUGACAGUGAUAGACUCCAUUAUAGUUCAUGUGUUUGAUAACAUUUUCUUGGAUUAGAUGACAGUGACAGACUCCAUUAUAGUUCAUGUGUUUGAUAACAUUUUCUUGGAUUAGAUGACAGUGACAGACUCCAUUAUAGUUCAUGUGUUUGAUAACAUUUUCUUGGAUUAGAUGACAGUGACAGACUCCAUUAUAGUUCAUGUGUUUGAUAACAUUUUCUUGGAUUAGAUGACAGUGACAGACUCCAUUAUAGUUCAUGUGUUUGAUAACAUUUUCUUGGAUUAGAUGACAGUGACAGACUCCAUUAUAGUUCAUGUGUUUGAUAACAUUUUCUUGGAUUAGAUGACAGUGACAGACUCCAUUAUAGUUCAUGUGUUUGAUAACAUUUUCUUGGAUUAGAUGACAGUGACAGACUCCAUUAUAGUUCAUGUGUUUGAUAACAUUUUCUUGGAUUAGAUGACAGUGACAGACUCCAUUAUAGUUCAUGUGUUUGAUAACAUUCUCUUGGUUAGAGAACAGUUUUGUUGACGUAAUUCCGUCCCAACAGAAGAAUCUCAGGAUUACUGUUGACUUUUAAACGUACCAGAAUAAUGUGAUGUGUAUAUGGACAAGAGUACUGUAUAAUAUGAGACGAAACAAAGCUUGAGAAGGUUUUACAAUGAUUUAACAGUGUUGUAUACACUGUAAUACAGUAAUUUAAGAGUUUCAUUUGAUUGUAUAUAAGAUGUAGGUAUUUAUUUAUUAAAUAUUGAUGAAUGCAAAUUUGUCAGCUGUGAUACUACAUAUCAGUCAUUAAAUCAUUGUUACAGGUAAAUAUUGGUUUUGUUUUG